AGUAAAUUGAGUUUAUAUAUUGUUGGUAGGAAGUGACAUGAACUAGAACUAAUGAUGAGUAACAGAAAAGAAAUAGGUAUUAUUUUAUAAGGAAACAAUUUUUCCUGGUUUAUAUUGAAGUAUUUUGUUAAUAUGGAGAUUAAUUACACGUUAUAAAUAUGAAUUGGUCUACCCCUUCGAAAUACAGUAAUGAACAAAAUCAGUCAGAUUUAUUUAUUGAAAAUAAUACAGAUUACUUUCCUUGCUAUACUUUAUCAAAUAUGAAGUUUCUUGAAAAAAUAGUUUACCCGUUUCAAAGUGAAGUUGUUCAGAAUGAAUCAAAAAUGUUUUUACAUAAUCAAAAACAACAUAAUAUAAAUUCAACAAGUCAAGAGUAUGAAAUGCUGGAUCAAUUAUGCAGUGUUGAAAACUAUCAGGACUACUACAUUGAGAAAUAUCCUCAUUAUUAUUCAUUAACAUCUACAUCUCUAUCGGAAUCAAUAAAUUCUCAAUCAAUAAACAAAGGACGCGUAUCAUUUGCAGAUAAGCUCUAUGGCUCUUGUUCUUUAUGUAUUAUUAAUAAUAAUAAUAGUAAUCUUGGUAAUGAAAAUAAUAAUUACACAAAACUUCAGGAUGAUUAUACAGAUCUAAAAGCUAUACCUACUUGUUUGAAAUACUAUCACUCUACUUCAAAUUACCAACAAUAUUCUAUACAAAAUUAUCUCUGUGAUCAAACCACUAAUGAAAUGUAUAAAUAUAAGCAAAUUCCAGAUUAUUUCAAUUCUGACAAAUGUGAUAAUUCUAAAGAUGUAAAACAGAUAAGUAUGGAGUUAAAUGAGGAAGGAAUUAGUGUGGUUGGAACAAAGACUUUAAUAUGUCAAUGGAAAUCAUGUCGCUUGACAUUUACCGAUCAUAAAUCAUUUGUAAAUCAUAUUGAAUCAUCACACGUUACUUCACAUAUAUCGAAUAAAGAAUAUUACUGUUAUUGGGAAGGUUGUCGACGUCAAUUGAAACCAUUCAAUGCGCGUUACAAAUUAAUUGUUCAUCUACGUAUUCAUAGCGGUGAUCGACCAAAUAAGUGCACGUACCCUGGUUGUGUCAAAGCGUUUUCUCGUCUGGAAAAUUUAAAAAUUCAUAUACGUUCACAUACUGGUGAAAGACCAUUUAUUUGUCAACAAGACGGUUGUGAUCGUACAUUUUCAAAUAGUUCCGAUAGAGCGAAACAUCAACGUACACAUAUACACACUAAACCAUAUGCAUGCAAAGUAAUUGGUUGUACCAAACGGUAUACAGACCCAAGUUCUUUACGAAAACAUUCAAAAUCGCAUUCGAUUUUUGAAUUAAGUCAAUCAUCAAAAAAUGAUGUUAACACAGAAUGUAAAUUAAGCAAAAAUGUAAAACUGAAUUGUCCUAAUCAGUUAAAUAUUCUCACACAAAAUCAAAAAACUAUCAUUUCCCAGGGAGAUAUAAAUUAUCCACAAAGGUAUUAUCCAGAAAACAAUACUGUUUCAUAUAAUAUUUAUGGGUCAUUUAAUGAUACAGUACCUUCUUAUUGUAUUCAAAAUAACUUAAAGUUAUCUAACAGGAAUUGUACAAAUAUUCAAUCUGAUAACAUGAGAAAAAUAACUAAUGAUCUACCCUGUUCAAACAUUUCAUCCCAUCAGUCUACUGUUGAUGUAAAUUCUCCAUCACAAUGGGAUUCAUAUUUUGAUCGGCUUAAUUCAUAUAAAAUUGAUCAUACAUCUAAACUCAAAUAUCACUGGAAUGACGAUUCAACAUACACUCACCACCACCACCAUCAUCAUCAUCAUCACCAACACAUUAAACAAUACUGAACAAAAUAUUAAUGGUUUCAAUCCAAAUUAUCAUUAUAAUUCAUGGAUGAUCAUUCAAUUAAGAGAAAGACAAAAAGGAGUGUUUUUUCUUUUUUCAAGAAUCAAUAUUCAUAGAAAACAACAAAUUUUUAUUUAUUAGUUUUCUGUAAUAUUUAAUCUUUGAAUAUUGGAUUAUUAAAUUAUUAUUAUUUUUCAAUAUAACUGGG